AUGUGUCAAAAAUUGCUCUGGUCUCGCGGCCAUGUAACCAAGAAGUGCUCUGUCCCUGACUUCAGCAAGACCAAUACGAACAAAACUCAAUACGUUGGCAUCGUCGAUGGCUUGGGUGGUGCUGUCAACAGUUAUGGAAGAGCAGCAAACGACCAGUUCUCCGUGACACAGAAUCUGAACUAUGUUCGUCGUGGUGCGGUCGACUUCGGCAAAGGUUCUGGCAGCAACGUCCUCCUCAAACGGGCUAGCAAUCGACGAGACGCCAGCGCUGAAAAGCUGCGACGUGGUGGAACGGUGUCCAACAACCCGCUCUACCUAUACCAGCCCUCCACUGCCGGCAACGACGCAGCACAUUCUGUCACAUUCAACCCGCACUACAGCGUGUCGGGCCAUGGUUCCAACAUGGUCACGUCCUACAAAACCGCCAAGGAUGCCUGGUAA